AUUAGCCUUAAUUUACUUUGGCUGGAAAAAAACAUAAUGGUUGGCAAUUUAUUGACAUCAUAUCCCAAGUUGAGUCCAAAGAAACAAAAACAGAACCCCCCCAAGUUAAUUCCAUUCCGAUUUCUCUACUCCCAGAUGUGAUUUUUACCAAAACCUGAGAGAAGAGAACCCAUCAAAACAGAAACUUUCUAUUUCUAUUUCCAUUUCCAAUUUGAAGGUCAAGAAGUGGGUUACUGUUCAAUUUAUCAACAACACAAUGUCUCGUCUAUCGAAUUUAUAUCUUCUAACUUACAAUUCCCUCCAAGGUUUUGGCUGGAUGGUUUCUCUUUACAGACUUGUGGGAGAUUUUGCAGCCACUAAAUCUACUAGUGGUGCUUACUCGUCUACGGGAGAACUUGUCUGUUUCUUGCAAACUGCUGCAUUCUUGGAAGUCAUUCAUGGAGCUGUUGGCCUGGUACCAACUGGAGUGCUGCUUCCUCUAAUGCAAUGGGGUGGGAGGGUUCAUUUUGUGGUUGCAGUUGUUCGUCAACUUGAUGAGAUUCAACGGUUGCCUUCUGUGUUCAUCACUUUCCUAGCUUGGAGCUUAUCUGAGGUUAUCAGAUAUUUUCACCAUGCUUUGAAUUGCUUGGGAGUUUGCCCAUUUUGGCUUACAUAUCUUAGGUACACUGCAUUCAUAAUCCUCUAUCCUAUUGGAGUGACAAUUGGUGAAAUGUGGCUCAUGUACCAAGCAAUUCCAUUUAUGAUAAAGAAGAACCUCUAUGCAGAUGUCUUUGAUUACCUCCCCUUGAGCUAUUACAAUUUCAUCAGGGUUCUGCUUCUUGUCUACCCACUAUUGUUCUUGAAACUGUACCUUUAUCUGUUCAAGCAAAGGAGAUCAAAAUUGGGGAAGCAGCAUAAGAAGAAGAGAAACUAAAAGUUUAGGCUAAUCUGGUAUAAUCUACGGUAAACUACACUCAUUCUUGGAUGUUUGAACAAUUUAGACAUAUGUAAUUGUUUGACUUGAUGGAAACACAACUUAAUAUAUAUAUAUAUAAUAUUGAAACACUUCACAAGAGAUGGUGAAUUGAUUCUUUAGCAUCUAGUGGUAGCCAGUUAGUUUCCUAUGGAAAAAAAAGUGUUUUUUGACCGCUUAA